AUGAUACUUGGCCUUUCCAGAACAUUCUUAGACAACUCAUGGGAUAAUGCGAUCUUAUCUGUUGAUCACUACACCUUCCUUCAUUCUGACAGAAAUGGUAAAAAAGGUGGUGGCCUUCUGAUAUACAUCCCGGAGCAUUUAAUUUUCAAAAGACGCCUGGAUCUGGAAAUUAAUGGAAUUGAAUGCAUAUGGAUUGAGAUUAAUUUUCCUAACUCAAAACCCAUAUUAGUAUUGUAUUCUUCCGGUGCUGCUUACCUGGAUACAUUAGACUCUAUGAUAUCUAAAACGGAUGCUGAAAGUAACCCAACAAUAAUUCUUGGAGACUUCAAUUUUGACUUAUCUGAUACAUGUAACACACGCUUUAAAAAUUUACUUGCUACGUUUAAUCUCGUUCAGCUUAUUACCGUACCAUACAGGCCUAUCUCAAGAUCUUUGCUUGACCACGUUUAUGUUUCUCAUAAAGAUAAUGUCUCCACAUCUGGAACCUUACCGAUUUCUAUAAGUGAUCAUUUACCAGUCUUUGUUAAUUGGACUACACGAAGUAACUUCUCAAAUUCAAACAAACAUAAGUACAUUGAUUACCCAUCACUAAAGAAUUCUUCUGCAGAGCAAUUUGUAGCUGAUUUAAAAAACAUACCAUGGAAUACUUUAGAUAUGUUCACUGAUAUCAAUGAAGCUGUUGAGCACUGGUACUCUUUGUUUAAUGAUUUUCUCAAUAAUCACGCACCAUUAAAGAAAAAGCGUGUCAAAAGAGUCAAUCAACCUGAAUGGUUUUCCUGUGAAAUAAGUGAGGCAAUUAAAAAACGAAAUUAUUUACACCACUGUGCUAUCUCCACGAACACUCCCCUGUCUUGGCAAUCACUCUAACUCUCCUAACCACUUGACUAUUGGUAAGACAUUGACUAAUCCUAAAGAUAUCGCUGAUCCAUUUAAUGAUCAUUUUACUAACAUACGAAACUCUGUUUCGCUUAAUAGCUUUACUAAUAAUUCAAAUUGGGAAUACCUUUCUAAUUUUCUUUCUUCUAAAAUUCCUCCAAAUACAACCUUUACUAUUCCCCCAAUAUCUGAAAGUUUUGUUCGAAACAGCCUUAAUCAUCUGCCUGAAACUAAAGCCGCUGGUUUAGAUAGAAUUGGUGGAUAUUUUCUUAAAAUAGCUGCAACAGCUAUUUCACCUGCUCUGACAAAGAUAUAUAAUCUCAGUAUUAAUUCGGCUAGUUUUCCUGGGGUAGUUCCUCGGGUAGAGGAGAAGUGAUCACGUGAUCGGCUAGUUGUGUUGUUUGUGGCGUCAGAUAUAACCAAAUCCCUAUCUCUAAGCCUAAUCUUUACCCUAACCCUCACCCUAACCCUAACCCUUACCCUAACCCUUACCCUAACCUCAAAACUAAUCGCUAUAACUAACUGAUGACGUAGUCUGUGAUGCAAAUUCUUCUACCCGAGGAUGUACCCUUUUCCUGACUUGUGGAAAAUUGCAAAGCUUUCACCUCUUUUCAAAUUGGGUUCACUAUUUGACCGUUCUAACUUUCGCCCUAUCUCAGUUCUGGCCGUUAUCUCUAAGAUACUUGAACGCCAUGUUCAUAAUUAUUUUUAUCACUUUCUAACUGAGUAUAAUCUUCUUGUUGAAAAUCAAUUUGGGUUUAGAACAUCUCGCUCAUGUGAAUUAGCAGUCACUCAUCUUACUGAUAAGAUUUUAACUAAUAUUGAUAACAAAAAAUUAGAUGGACUUCUUCUUGUUGAUUUCAAAAAGGCUUUUGAUCUUGUUGAUCAUGAAAUCCUAAUUCUGAAACUUAGAAUGUUCGGAUGUUCUCCAUUAGCAUUGAAAUGGUUUACGUGA